UAUAUCCGGUAAUCAGUAAUAAAUGUUUAUACAGCGCAUGCUUGGUAAACCUCGAGGGAAGUAUUUGGGUUUUAUUUUGGAUACGUUUAUUUGGAACAUUAGUGCUUGGUGAACGAUAUGUCUUCUGCGCUGUUAAACGCUUUACACAGCGAUUCCUACAUCGAUGUAAGUCAGUAUAGAGAUCAACAUUUUAAGGGGAAUCGCUACGAGCAGGAGAAAUUGUUGAAGCAAAGCAGCACGUUGUACGUGGGAAAUUUGUCCUUUUACACAACCGAAGAACAGGUGUACGAGUUGUUCUCCAAAAGUGGUGAUGUGAAAAGGAUCAUUAUUGGUCUGGAUAAAGUGAAGAAAACGGCGUGUGGAUUCUGUUUCGUUGAAUACUACACCAGGCUGGACGCGGAGAAUGCCAUGAGGUUCCUUAAUGGCACCAGACUGGAUGACAGGAUCAUCCGGACAGACUGGGACGCAGGUUUCAAAGAAGGGAGGCAGUAUGGGCGGGGCAAGUCAGGAGGGCAGGUCAGAGACGAAUACAGGCAAGAUUAUGACCCUGCUCGGGGUGGAUAUGGGAAACUUACUCAGCAGCAAAGAGUACCAGAAGGACGACACAAAUUUUAAUCUGAUUUACUUUCAGUUAGACUUAUUUCCGUAUUGUUUUGGCAUCCCUUGCAUUUCUAUCUGUAUAUCUGGUACCCCACUGUGGUCCAGUUGCCCGUUUUUUUUAUCAUUAUUGCGAUGUUGGACAGUAGGCCCAUUGAUUUUGAAGGCAGCUUUUCUCCAAACAUUAUUUACAAAUUUAGUAUUUCCAUUGAUUGUUUUGUCCCUGCAACAUUGUGCACCCCCACACCAAAUAAACAUUUUUAAUAUUUUCCCAA